AUGUUCAACUGGCGUCUUAAACUGAUCCUCUUGCUGGCCCAGGCACUGAGCGGUCAGGCGGGCUACAUUGGCGGCGAGCUGGCAGCUGGCGUCCAUUCGGCUGGACUGCUGGGCAGCUAUGCGGGUGCCUUGAGCGGCGGCGAGGCAUUGGCCAAGCUGGAUCUGGGCGCCAGUAGUGUCCAUGCGGAUCAUGAGCAGCUGGGCGCCCUGGGUGAGCACUUGAGUGAGCACAGUUUUCCGGCGGACUAUGGCAGCAGCGAUGCGGGCGUCGAAUAUGCCGAGGCUAGCGAACAUCAUGAACACCACUACGAGCCGGAACCGGAGCUGGAGCUGGACCUGGAGCAACAUCAUGACGAGCAGCCGGUGCCCGGCAUUGAUCACGGCAAGGGCGCCUUCAGCUACAGUACGCUCUACGAGUUCAAGGAUAGGCAGGAGCACGAGCAACACCAGCUGGAACACCAGCUAGAGGAGCAGCACAUCGAGCAGCAGCUCGAGCUGGAACAUCAGCAGCAUGUGCUCGAGCACCAGCUCGAUUCGCACUAA